AUGAUCCGGAAGGGUGUCCCGAAUCCUGCAAUUUGUGCAAAGCACUGCGACAAUGAGGAAUGUCAUUCUUUUUCAUUCACGAAUGUAGACAAAAGAUGUGAAACCUACUCCCGUUCGAUUGUUGAGGACAAGAGCGCUAGUGCAGCAUUGGAGACUUGGCACUUCUCGAAGAUUGAGAGUAAUGAGAUUUCAGAAUACAGCAACUGUUCAAAGAUUCCACAUGAAUAUCCAUCUGGAGUUUACAAGAUCACUACAGCAGAAGGAAACAACAUGGAGGUGUACUGCGACAUGGAUUCUGCAGAUGGGCCAUGGACGGUGAUACAGAGGCGAAUAAGUUCAGAUGUGGAUUUUUAUCGUACCUGGACAGAAUACAAGAACGGUUUUGGAAAUCUAAAUGGAAACUUCUGGAUCGGCAACGAUAUCCUCAACCUUCUAACACCCGUCCCGAGGAUCCUACGUGUGGAAUUAACAGCCUAUAACGGGACAACGGCAAACGUUCAGUACUCACAGUUCCAGGUGGCAAACGAAGAUCAAAAUUAUAGAAUUUUCGUAACAGGUUUUUCCGGCACUUUGUAUGAUGCCAUGGAAAACGACAAUGGCUUCGACUUCACGACCUUUGACAGAGACAAUGAUAUCGACGAUGAGAACUGUGGAGUACUACGACAAAGUGGUUGGUGGCAUAAAAAAUGUACGCGAGCCAACCUUAACGGCGGCUACCCGUCUGACACAAGGGCAACGAAGAAAGUAGCUUACUGGGUGAAUUUUCCUGACCCAAAUGAGUAUUUUUAUCCGUUGAAGGGCACCCUGAUGAUGAUUAGAUAG